CCACCGCAGUCUGGCUGUAGCUGUGCCUUGUCGUGUACGCUGGGCGAGGCCUGUAGAGACCCGGAGGGGGCUUAGGCCGGCUCCCCUGCCCGAGCUACCCUUUGCGCAGAAAGGCGCCGGCCCGGGGCCCGGGGCGAGAAAAGCAGCCACCGCCCAGCAGCAGCGCGGAGACGCACGGUGCGCCCUAUGCUCCCGCGCCUCCCCAGCCCCCGCCGCGGCAGCCCGAGCGCACCGAGAGAACGCGCCACCGCGGGGCCUGGGUGCAGCUAGCGACCCUUGCCCCCAGCGCGCAGCCUGAGGUGAGCAGUGAGCGGCGAGCGGGACGGCAGCGAGGCGUUCGCGGGCCCCCUCCUGCUGCCCGGGCCCGGCCCGCUCAUGGCGGCCAUCCGCAAGAAGCUGGUGGUGGUGGGCGACGGCGCGUGCGGCAAGACGUGCCUGCUGAUCGUGUUCAGUAAGGACGAGUUCCCCGAGGUGUACGUGCCCACCGUCUUUGAGAACUAUGUGGCCGACAUCGAGGUGGACGGCAAGCAAGUGGAGCUGGCGCUGUGGGAUACGGCGGGCCAGGAGGACUACGACCGCCUGCGGCCUCUCUCUUACCCGGACACCGAUGUGAUCCUCAUGUGCUUCUCAGUGGACAGCCCGGAUUCGCUGGAGAACAUCCCCGAGAAGUGGGUGCCCGAGGUGAAGCACUUCUGCCCCAACGUGCCCAUUAUCCUGGUGGCCAACAAGAAAGACCUGCGCAGCGACGAGCACGUCCGCACAGAGCUGGCCCGCAUGAAGCAGGAACCCGUGCGCACGGAUGACGGCCGCGCCAUGGCCGUGCGCAUCCAAGCCUACGACUACCUCGAGUGCUCGGCCAAGACCAAGGAGGGCGUGCGCGAGGUGUUCGAGACGGCCACGCGCGCCGCGCUGCAGAAGCGCUACGGCUCCCAGAACGGCUGCAUCAACUGCUGCAAGGUGCUAUGAGGGCCGCGCCCG